AAAUCGCCAAAAACGUCUCACAAUUUUCACCAAACACCACACAAGGCGGGAAACAACACAUUCAUCUUCCAAAACCCUAACAAAACUUCAACCAAAUCCUCUCAAAUCUGUUCACCAAUGGAGAGAAUCAACGUCGCAGUGAGAGCACGGCCUCUGUCACCGGAAGAUGCCAAAACCAGCCCCUGGAGAAUCUCCGGCAACUCAAUCGUCUUCGCUAAUCCUUCAACCAAGUUCGAAUUCGACCGGAUUUUCAGGGAGGAUUGUAAAACUGCGGACGUUUACGAGUCAAGAACGAAAGCUAUUGUUUCAGCAGCCAUUGGUGGUUUUAACGGCACUGUUUUUGCGUACGGACAAACUAACAGUGGCAAAACACACACUAUGCGUGGGUCUAGCGUUGAACCUGGAGUCAUUCCUUUAGCUGUGCAUGAUCUCUUUGACAUGAUACAACAGGAAAUAGAUCGGGAGUUUCUUUUGAGGAUGUCCUACAUGGAGAUCUACAAUGAGGAAAUAAAUGAUUUGUUGGCCCCAGAGCACCGGAAACUACAAAUCCAUGAAAGCAUUGAGCGUGGCAUAUUCGUUGCUGGUUUAAAAGAAGAGAUUGUUUCUAGCCCAGAGCAGGUGCUCAAAUUUAUGGAAUUUGGAGAAGCCCAUCGUCAUAUUGGGGAGACAAAUAUGAAUUUACACAGCAGUAGGUCUCAUACCAUUUUCCGAAUGAUUAUCGAAAGCAGGGAUAAAGUUGAAGAUGAAUACGCUGAGAAUUCUUGUGAUGCUGUUCGUGUAUCCGUUUUGAACUUGGUAGACCUUGCUGGUUCAGAACGAGCUGCAAAAACUGGUGCAGAAGGUGUUCGGUUAAAAGAGGGUUCCCACAUCAACAAAAGCUUAAUGACACUUGGAACCGUAAUUAAAAAGCUGAGUGAAGGUGCUGAGAGCCAAGGGGGUCAUGUUCCUUAUCGAGAUAGCAAACUUACGCGCAUCUUGCAGCCUGCACUGGGUGGGAAUGCAAACACAGCCAUAAUAUGUAACAUUACGCUAGCACAGAUUCAUGCUGAUGAGACUAAAAGCAGCCUUAUGUUUGCAAGCCGAGCUUUACGUGUUACUAACUGUGUUCAUGUGAACGAGAUUUUAACAGAUGCUGCUUUACUAAAACGCCAAAAGAAAGAAAUUGAGGAGCUUCGAGCAAAGCUGCAGGGUUCUCAUUCAGAUCACUUAGGAGAGGAGAUACUCAACUUGAGGAAUACAUUGUUACAGAGUGAACUAGAGAGGGAGAGAAUAGCUCUGGAGCUAGAAGAAGAAAAGAAAGCUCAAGCUGAAAGAGAUAAGAUGUUGCUUGAGCAAGCGAAAAAGAUUCAAAACUUGAGUUCUAUGGUUUUAAGCUCUAAUAGAGACGAAGUUAUCAAUCAUCGCAAGGAAAAGCGGCGUGAAACCUGGUGUCCAGGGAAACUUCCAGAAAAGAUGGUAAACAAGUUACCUUCCACUAUCCGGGGACAAGCUUCUGCAGUAAAACCCGUUAAAAACGACCGUGAGAGAGGACCACUUUUACCAUUUGAGGAACUAGUAAAUGAUAACUCCUCAAAUGCACUCAAGCAUGAGAGUGAAGAGAGUGAUCGUAAUAAAGUUGGACCUUGUAACUUCAGUCUUCCAAAUCCACGAUCAUUGAUACACGUUACAAGCAGACGAAAAGCCUCUGCCAGAAAAAAGAGCUUACCUGUGGAAAGUGCUGAAUUAACAGAAAUGCAAGAGGAAUACGAGAAUUUGCUUAUACAGUUUGAAACUCAGAGAACAAAGAGUGAAAUAGAAAUUGCGUACUUAACAAGAAGACUUGUGGAGGCUAACAACACAUCUAAUACUGAUGAAAAAGCAAAUGAAAUAGAGAUUUCAAUGUUGGAGAUGGAAAGGUUGCAGAAUUUGGAGUCCGCUAUUGUAUUAGAUACAAAGAAAAAUAUUGAUGAAAAAGCAAAUGAAAUGGAGGAGAAGAAUCUUGUUAUCAAGCAACUUCAGGAAAAGAUUUCAAUGUUGGAGAUGGAAAGGUUGCAGACUUUGGAGUCCGCUAUUGUAUUAGAAACAAAGAAAAAUAUUGAUGAAAAAGCAAAUGAAAUGGAGGUGAAGAAUCUUGUUAUCAAGCAACUUCAGGAAAAGAUUUCAAUGUUGGAGAUGGAAAGGUUGCAGAAUUUGGAGUCCGCUAUUGUAUUAGAAACAAAGAAAAAUAUUGAUGAAAAAGCAAAUGAAAUGGAGGGGAAGAAUCUUGUUAUCAAGCAACUUCAGGAAAAGAUUUCAAUGUUGGAGAUGGAAAGGUUGCAGAAUUUGGAGUCUGCUAUUGUAUUAGAAACAGAGAAAAAUAAGCAUGCCAGCAAUAAGCAAGAAGAGGAUGAGAAGUUAUCAGCAGACCUCCAAGAAGUAGAAUCUGAAGUUCAACAUUCAAAAACUCUUGUGCAGUCGAUGAUGGAUGAACAUUUGCAAACUUGUAGUGAAUUGUCGGAACUUAUUGCUGGUGUUAGGUCUUUCUCUUCCAUUGACUUUAUUCAAAUAAAAACACUACUUGCUGGCUAUGGAAAAGUUAAUGCUGGCUUGAAAUCCAAAGUAGAUGACCUCGAACGCGAAAAGCUUCUUAUGUACAAUCAAUCUGAGGACCUGCAGAAAAAGAUUGAAGAAGCGUUUUUGAACAGUGAAAACUCAGCAAGGGAUUUAACAGAACUUUCUGAACGUUAUGAAACAGAAAAAAACGAACUUAUUUCUGAAAUCGUAACACUCCAAGAUGAGAUAUCACGCCUUUCAUCUUCCAUCUUGUUUAAAGAGAAGGAAAGUUUGAGAAAAGAUCUCGAGAAAACAAAAGCAAAACUUAAAGAAACAGAGUCUAAGUUAAGAAAUACAAUUCAAGAGAAAACAAAGUUAGAGGGUGAAAAAGCAUCCGCAGAGAGAGAAAUAAAACGGUUACACAGUCAGAAGGCUAUUCUUGAACGUGAUAUGACCAAACGUGAGACAAUUGCUGGGAGAAGGCGUGAUUCAGUUAUGGAUAGAAGCUCAAAUAUUUUUGACUCAAGAAAAGUCAAAGGAUCUGGUGUUGAUCAGGAAGAGUACAGAAAACUCGAAGUUCUUGCAUUUGAGAUGGAGACAACUAUCGGUUCUCUAGAAGAAAAAUUAGCAAUUGCUAAUGACGAAACACAACAGGCGGUGUUCAGAUCUGAAACACUUAUCUUUGAAGUAGAAGAAUUAACUGAAAAACUAAACUUUUCCAACUCAGAGUUGCAAAAAUUAGAGGAGCUGGUUUCAAGUCUUAGGGCCGAACUAGAAGAGGUAGCACAACGUAAUGAGAAUGCAGAUAGCUCUAUUAGUAGGUUGCUGGAGGAAAAGGAAGAAAUGGCUAUGCAACUUACCGAUGCUCUUCUGGCGAUCGAGGAGGAAAGGGCUAUAUGGUCCACGACAGAAAAAGCUUCAGUUGAAGCCAUCGAAAACAAAGCAAAAUCGUGUAGUACUGAGAUUGCUUUGUUAACAGAUGCAAUGUCAAAGGCGAAGGACGAAUUAGAGGUCUGCAGAGAAGAAUGUCAGGUCAUCAGUGAAAAACUGGCUUUUGCGGAGGAGAAAGUGAAAGCGGAGAAGGUGUGCAGUGCGGAAAAAUCACUUGAAGUUGAGCAAUUAAAGAAUGAUAUCAAAUUGCUUGAUGAUCAGAGAAGAUUAACCGAAGAUGCUUUGAAGUCAAAGCUAGAAACUCUUUCUUUGGAUCAUCGAAAUGCGUGUGAAAAAGUCGAUAAACUUAUGAUGGAUCUGGAUGCACUUAGUAAGGAAAGAGAUGACUUGGCAGUCAAAGUGAAGGAGUUCGGUCAAACUUCAGUGCCUAUAGAUGAUUUCAAGAAAUUACAAAAUCAGCUUCUUGAAAUUACAAAAGAACGAGACGAAGUGCUGACUCAGAUUCAAGAAUUGCAGAAUCAUAAAGCCGAACAACAAUUGCUCAUGGAAAAAUGUAACGAAAAGCUUUCAAAUUUAAAAGCUGAAGUUGAAGAUCUAAAAAUGAAACUAUCUACUUCCACUCUAGAACCCAAGAUUCAUAUUGAGGGUAAAAACAGCAGACAAUCAGCAAAAUUGAGAAUGAGGCUGCAUGGGGCACAGACAAAGCUGGAUAGCAUUCGGGUGAGAUGCAAAGAACAAGCACAAGAGAAAGAGUACAUGCAUAAGCAAUUUGAAGAAGCUACGAUGAAGUUAAAGAAAGAGUUGGUGUCACGAGGAAGUGAGAUCCUCAAUCUCAAGAAACAACUUGUUGCUCUUUCCUCAUGAUUUGUUGUUUGUGUACAGAGUUUGUCAUAAAUUGAAAAACACGUCGGAUAUCACAUUUUUGAUCGUCUUUGGAGGUAGAAAUGGGCAGGAUGAUAAGGGUCUAAUUUAUUUGUCUUCUACAAAUUGUAAUGUAAACAUUGCUAACUAUAAUGUAUUAUUGGAUGUUAUAAUUC